UGCUCAGGACAACAACGGGGGGGGGCCGGGACGGGGCAGAGCAGAGCCCGACCCCAAAGCCCUGAGGGACCCCGGGGGCUGCGCGGCCCCAGCCGGGGGUGCUCCCCCCGCUCCGGGCUCCCCCUUAUUUCACCCCGUCCGAUGUAACCAACUCCCCCCGGAGCCGCCGGGACGGAGCCGCCCGGGCUGCGGCGCUGAGACCCGGGAGCGGGGGCGGCUCCCGGGGCUCCCGCCCCCCCCCCGGCCAUCCCACCCCUCCCCGGAGGCGGAAACCGGGGCCGGGCCGGGGCCGGUCUCCAGCAGCGCCCGGCUGCCGCCGUGCCGCCGAUCCCGGCUGCCAUUUUAAGGUGAACAAAGAGGCGGAGGCGCGGGCAGCCAGAUCUGCUUACGGAGGAACCCUCGGGGUUAGCGCUAGCCUUGGGCGCGCGGAGACGUAGGAACCCGGCAGCGCCGCCUCGCACAGCCGCAGCACCGGUGCCGGCACCUCCCGGUGCAGGACCAGCUCCGACGGCUCCGUCCAUCUCCCCGCCAGGCUCUCCGUCGCCACCCGCCCGUGCCGGACCCCGCCGCCACCAUGUUCAGCAAGAAGUCCUAUGACGGCCCCCCCAUGGGCUACGGCCCCCCCACUGGUUACGGCCCCCCCACAGGCGAUUACGGCUACGACUACGGCACCCGCUCGCCCCCGCCGGGCUCUUACUACAUCGAGGACGUGCCGCAGCACUUCUACAAGUGGACCUCGCCACCCGGCGUGGUGCGGAUCCUGGAGGCCGUGAUCAUCCUGCUCUGCAUCGCCAUCUUCGCCUGCGUGGCCUCCACCCUGGCCUGGGAGUACACCUACGGCUUCGGGGGGAUGUACGGCAACGGGCUGGGGAGCUUCUACGGCUCCGGCUACUACGGCAGUGGGUUGAACUACGGCUACGGUUACGGGGGCUACUAUGGCGGGGUCACCAACCCGCGGGCGGCCAACGGCUUCAUGAUCGCCAUGGCCGUGCUCUGCUUCCUGGCCCAGCUGGGGCUCUUCGUCGCCAGCGUCAGCAAAUCGAGCGGCUCCCGCUCCCGUCGCUUCUACCUGGUGGUCAUCGUGGUCUGCGCCGUGCUGGCCUUCGUCAUGCUCAUCGCCUCCAUCGUCUACAUCAUGGGGGUCAACCCCCAGGCGCAGAUGACCGGCAGCUACUACUACAACCCCUUGCUGACCAUGUGCAGCAACACCUACCUGAACCAGUACCUCUACCACUACUGCACUGUGGACCCCCAGGAGGCCGUGGCGAUCGUCUGCGGGUUCCUCAUCGUCAUUCUGCUCUGCCUCAUCUGCUUCUUCGCUCACAAGACGCGGAGCAAGAUCUGGAAGUACGGGAAACCAAACAUCUACUGGGACAAGGUGCCGGUGGUCCAGGAGGGUCCCAAUGUAGAGGAGUGGGUGAAGAACGUGGCGGACGGGGCCAGCGUGCAGGAUGAGACGGCCACGCUCGCCUACUCGGAGAAGCCGACGAGCCCCAUCGCCGCGCCACCCUACAGCCCCCCCUCCUACAGCUACACCCCCCAGAACGGGUACUACCCCUCCGGGACCUACAGCAGCCGGGGUGACCAGCCGGACCGGGCGGUCAGCCCCAGCCCUGCGGAGGAGAAGGUGCGGGAGCAGCCCACCAAGCCCCCUGCCCGCCGUGGACGCCGGCGCCGGCGCAACCCAGAGCUGGACGAGUCGCAGUACGAGACCGACUACACCACGGCCGUGGAGUCCGGCGACGAGCGGGACCAGGACCAGUGGGCCAGCCUGUACCCCCCCAUCACCUCCGACAGCACCCGCCAGAAGUACAAGCAGGAGUUCGACAUGGACCUGAAGCGCUACAAGCAGCUCUGCGCCGAGAUGGAUGGCGUCAACGACCGCCUCAACCAGCUCAGUAAACAGCUCGACAGCAUCUCUGAGGACAGCCCGCAGUACCAGGAUGUCGCAGAGGAAUACAACAGGCUGAAGGACCUAAAGCGGAGCCCCGACUACCAGACGAAGAAGCUGGAAACCAAAACCCUGCGCAACAAACUCUUCCACAUCAAGAGGAUGGUGAGCGACUACGACAAGGUGCGGGGGUAGCCUGUGCCCCCCCCCCGCUCCUGGCAGGAUGGGCACAAGGGGGGGUCCCUGCUCCCCACCCAUCCCCUCAGAGACUUUGGUGCAUUUUGUACCUUUGUUUGUAUAAAAACCCCAAACCCAAGAUUCAAAACCACCCUGCGAUGUUGGUGCCAAGGGCGUGGGGCUGGAGGGCCCCCCCUGCGUGCCCCCCUGUGCCUUCCCGUCCUGCACAGCGGGGGGCUGCAGGUCCCCUCCCGCUGCUGUAAAUGUGUUUGGGGAGGGGCUGCAGCCCCCGGCUUCCUCUGCCGCCACCAGGGUCGGGGUACCAAACCGUGGCCGCAGCCCUUUGCCAGCAGGGAUGUGCUGCCGAGGCUGGAUGGGGCACAGCAUCCCUCGGCCGGGCAUGUGGGGGGGCAGAGCCCUGCAACCCCCCCCCCCCCCCGAGCCCCUGGGGCUGCCCUUGGGUGAGCAGCCCUGGGCAGGGGUGAUAUUUUCUAAGGAACUGGCUGACAGUGUGUAUAUUUUUUUCUUUUUUUAAAUAAAUUGUAUCUAUUGAUUUUAA